AUGUGGAGUCUAGAGAACCACCGCCGUGAACGAGGUCGAUCGUUCGAGAACAAGCCCUCUGUCCUGCGCGAAUAUUCAAGCAGUCCACCGCGAACUCCUAAAGCACCGCUGCACACACCCGAUGGAUUCAUUGUGCAUGGCACGCCUGGUGCUCAUGACCGAAACAGUUACUUCUCUCUGCCUAUGACCUCGCCAUUGGCUGAAAACAACACCAUGACAGAUACCGCAGAGAGUGCGAACACAAGCUCGUCAAUCGAACUGCAUUCGGCUUUGCCCAAGGAACGAAAUAAUACUGAGAUUGCACCCGAUACUCACGCUGUCGAUUCUGACGUGUUGGAGCUUUGGACAGCCUUGGAUAGUACCGUUCAGAGCGAUAGUGACAGCACCAGCUCGAAUGUGGCGGAGCCUGCCUCACCAUCAGAAGACACAGUGAUGACUGAUGCUCAGGUAUCUCCAGGAUUCACCAUUACGCAGACCGUCCCGGAGGUAUCGUAUCACACUUUCGACGAGCCCUUCAUAUUCGACACGGUAACGUCAGAGCUUACUUGUGGCAAACGAGCAUCAUCUUUUAGGUCAAACUCCGCUUCAAAACGUGCCAAAAUACUGAUCAGUUUAGACCCGGACAAAACGAUGUUCCACAACGCAAGGAGCACUAGUGUACAGUUCCUUCAAAGUCUUCUGGACAGUCCAAAGCUGGACAUCGUCAAUGAGAUCACUGGAGAGGUAUACGUGAAGAGCGCCUCCCUACACAUGCUCGAGUAUUUCUGCGGCGGACAGGCUAUCAACUCUCUUGUGCAGAGAAAUUGCCUUCUUGUACCUCCAACACACGUUUCAAGAGACGGCAUCAUCCGCGUGAUCCGCUACAUGCGCCGCUGGUGUCAGGACCCAAGUGUCCGUCCCACUGGCGAGCUGCGGACGCCGCCUAGCAUCAAAGAAGGGAUUGCUACUUCUUUGGCAUGUCGCUUUCUCCACCUUGACGCAAACGCUCAGCACAUGGAGGAUCUCGUGGUACAGGACUUCAUGGGCAGUCCGCGGUUCUUCAUUACCGACGAGGAUGUGGAGCUCAUCUGGUGUGGCUACGAAGAGACGCUGAGGGAUACAUCGUUCGGUGAUGCUGUGGUUUGGUUUGUACUCGAGCAUAUCAUGGGAGGUACGCAUGCACUUGCUGACGAGGUGAGGUGGAUGUUGGAGCAGGAAGAGUAUGAAGACCUCAAGGCAAGGAUCAGGUAUGAGUUGAAGGAGGCGGAGUGGAGGGGCAUCGGAAGGAAGGCAUUUUUGGAACGGUGUUUGAAGGAUAGGGAAGAGAUGGCGGCCUAUGGGGAGGGCGGGGAUAGUCACUUUUCGCAAGAUGGCAGUGUAUCUAGGGCUGGAGGUUCUAACAAGGAUAAGCCUUUGCCUCGCCUACCAGCGAGUUCGUAG